AAUAAACAUUUCUUUCAAUUAAUUUGUUUAAAUGUUUGAACUAGUUUAUUCGCAAUAUUAAAUUGAAAACAUUUCCGAAACAACAAUGAAGAACACUUGUCAUUAGGAAGUGUUCCAAGCAAAGAUGGUGACACUAAAUUUAACCCUCUUGCUACGCAGAAGUUUAAUCACGAUCAAUUAUCGUUGUUUGUCGAACAAAAUGCCAGGACAAUUGGAAGAAAUUCAAGCGAAACGCGCUACAUUUGGAAUGGGAUGCUUCUGGGCCGGUGAUUCUCUGUUUGGUGUUUUACCUGGCGUGGUCAGGACCUGCGUUGGUUACGCUGGAGGUCAAAAAGACUCUCCAACUUAUAGGAACAUCGGAGAUCAUACAGAAGUCGUUGAUGUCGAGUACGACCCAAACGUUAUAUCCUUCGGACAAUUACUCGCUCUGUUUUGGCAGAAUCAUGAAUAUGGUCUAACUACAAAGAUCAAGAGACAGUACAUGUCUUUGAUUUUAUACCACGACGAGGAGCAAAGAUUAUUAGCUGAGAAAUCACGGGAACAAGAGCAACGAAAACGUACAGAUAUGAUUCUCACGGAAGUUCGAAAAUUUGAAAAGUUUUAUCCGGCCGAAGAUUAUCAUCAAAAAUAUCGACUACGAAAUCAUCCAUGGCUACUCGAAACUACCGGCCUCACUAGCGACGAAAUUCUUCGAAAUUCACCAUUAGCCGCCAAGUUAAAUGGUUACAUAGCUGGUGCUGGAACAUUGGACCAAUUUAAUAAUGAUUUACCGAAUCUUGGAUUAAGCGAGAAAGCUGUACAGUAUUUACAGAAAUAUGUGAUCGAUAAUCAAGGAAGCGGUUUAUACUGCUAGCUAAUAUUAUCACGUAUGAAUAAUUGAGAAUUGUUCGUAUGUAGUGAAUAUGAAAUGCGCUCUAUUUCUUCGUGAAGAAGAAACGUCAAAGUCUGACGAAAGGCUUGUUAAUACGAUUCAAUUACUGGCUAAACGAUUUGAACAACGUGAACAAGUCUUUAGUAUGAUUUUAGAUAACAAUUUAGGUGCGACAGAUAUCUUUCGUUAGUAUUACAUUUCCCCUUUUUGCAUUACUUUUAUCGUAGCUGUUUAAAUUUUACCAACAGGAUAUUCAUUAUGCUGUUUUUCGGUAGGUGACGAAUUCAUGACACAAUCGUUUAUUUGUGCCUCUGUAAUAUCGAAUAUUUUAUUUAAAAGAAAAAACAAUUAAAAUGAAGUUUUGCAUUAA